AUGUCUUUAAAUGCAUCAAUGACUCAAGAGAUGGAUUUAUUAACAGCUGCGUUACGUGAGAAUGAUGAAUGGUCAGAUGAAUCAGUUGAACAGUUGUAUCCUUAUUCAUUAAAUAUUCCAAUAGUAGAAUCCAAAAAAGAUAAACGUAGACGUUUGUUAAUUGAAAAACUGGAUCAUAUUUCUCGAGAUUUUUUAAUAAAUAGAGAAAGUUAUUUUCAUAACCAAUUAUUAUCACUUCAAAAUGAAAUACAACAGUUGCAUGAUGGAACACAUAUUGAAUACUUAGAUGGUCUUAGAGAUUUGGAAGAGAUUCGAGAAAAAGAACUUAAAAGUGUUCAACUUAUGAAAGAAUUUUUAUUAAAGAGAGCAGAAAAUGAGUUUGUUCACAAUGUAGAAGAAUUAGAAGAAGAAUUUGCUAUAAGUAAAACAACAUUAAAAUCUACUCUUCUUUCACAUUUGUUUUCAAGGAAACGAAGACUUCAUGAGGAUAAAGAAUUAUUAGAUAUUGUAAAUGAUUCAUCUCUUGCAUCACAUUCUUAUUCUACAACGAAUCCUUCAUUAUCGCCUAUUUCUUCAAUAUCUAAUAUAGAUAAAAGAAAACUUCGACAUAGAAAAGGACUUGGAAAUAAUAAGAAUACUUCUAUUGAUGAUUCAAUGCCUCCUUCAUCUAAUGUUAAUAACUACAAGAAAAGUUCUGAUAAUAUUAGCUCUUUUCUUAAAUCUAUAGAAGAACAAAUUGCUAAGGAACGUAGCCGAGAAAAACAAGAAAAAGAACGUGAUAGAGCUUCUUUAAAUGAUAUAUUUAGUCUAAAAGAAUCAGAAAUCAUGGAAGAUUUAGCAGCUAUAAAACGACAAGUAAAUUCCACUAAACCGGAUAGAAAGCGUAUGAUAUAA